GCCAACCAUUAAGCUUAUCAUUCUAACUGAUUAUACUUGUGGCUAUAGUGACUAAGUGUCGUCACACACACAACACAACAAUGGAUAUUAACAGGUGGAGUCUUCAAGGUAUGACUGCUCUUGUAACCGGUGGAUCAAAGGGAAUUGGGUAUGCAAUAGUGGAGGAACUUGUAGGCUUUGGUGCAAGAGUUCACAUCUGUGACAUAGACGAAACUCUGCUAAACGAAUGCUUAAGUGGAUGGCAUGCAAAAGGGUUUGAAGUGAGUGGUUCAAUCUGUGAUGUUUCCUCUCGACCUCAGAGAGUGCAAUUGAUGCAGACUGUUUCUUCUCUAUUUGGUGCCAAACUCAACAUCCUUAUAAACAAUGUUGGCAAGUACAUAUUAAAGCCAACUUUAGAAAGUACAGCUGAAGAUUUCUCAAGUUUAAUGGCUACCAAUUUGGAAUCUGCUUACUACAUCUCCCAAUUGGCACAUCCUUUACUUAAAGCCUCGGGAAAUGGGAAUAUCGUGUUUAUUUCCUCGGUAACGGGGGUUGUCUCUGGCACAUCUACCAUAUAUGGUGUAACAAAAGGAGCCUUGAAUCAACUGGCAAGAGAUUUGGCGUGUGAAUGGGCCAGUGACAACAUAAGGGCUAACUCUGUAGCUCCUUGGGUCACUGCAACUUCUCUUGUCCAAAAAUAUCUUGAAGACGAGAUAUUUGCGGAAGCUAUGUUCUCAAGAACCCCAUUAGGACGUGCAUGUGAGCCACGUGAGGUUGCGUCGCUGGUGACAUUUCUCUGUCUCCCUGCAGCUUCUUAUAUAACAGGACAAACCAUUUGUAUUGAUGGUGGUUUCACUGUUAAUGGAUUCUCCUAUAAGCCAUAGGGUCAAACCCUAGAAAACACUUCUACAAUUAACAAUUUCUAUGAUGUAUGAACAUUUGGUCAAGUUUUACUACAUUAUGUCAAAAAUAAAUGAGGUCAAGCUUAUAUAUGAA